AUGAACUCUCAAAUAACUCAAUCUCCAGUCAAUUUAACUGAUCACUCAGUAAAUCCAUCAACAAUCUCUUUAACUAAUACAAACAAUCCGGCUGCUGUUAAAACUUCAAAAAAUUAUAAUGAGGGCAUUGCUUCAAACGAACAAUCUCAUUUUCAAGAUCCAAUUCCUCACAAUCAUACUCAUGCUCAUAAUCUAAAUUUACACCAAAAUAGUCUUAAUUUGAACUUGAGUCAAAAUCAUGGUCAUAAUCAUAGCCAAAAUACUAUGAUUACUAACACAAUCAUCAACAAUAAUCCCAAUAAUAAUUACUUGACUCCUGUUUCCACUCCAAAUAAUCCAAAUAAAGAUAUUCAAAAUUUCCAACCUCAAAAUCAAUCUCAACAACCCCAGUAUCCAAGACAAUUACCAACUCCAUCAAUUUCCGAAGAUGGUCCAAUGCAAAGUGUUUUUCAAAAAAACAACAUUGGUUCAAUUUCUUCAAAUAAUUCUCAAUCUAAAUAUUACAUUUAUGAUACUCAACAAUCUUUAGUUGAUAGAAAGGAUUCCCAAAAUUCUUUAAUUGGUCCUAACCAUUAUGGUUCAAUUUCCUUAGCUUCUGAUCACUCAGGUUUUAAUGCUAAUUACUCAAAUGAGUCAAAAAUCAUUCCAUCAGUUGGAGAAAUGAUUAAUGACAAUAGUAUUAAUAAUAAUAGUAUUAUUAACAGUAAUAUUAACACCAAUAUUAAUAGCAAUAUUAAUAAUCUUCAUAAUAUUACCAACAUUAACAAUAUUAACAAUAAUUUUAAUAACAAUUUUAGACAUAGAGCUAAUACUAUGGUAUCAGCUAUUGGUUUGGGAACUGAUCACCAUACUCACCAUCAAAAUAUUUCCAAUUGGCAAAUUCCAAAUCAGAACCAGAAUCAAAAUCAAAUUUCGCCCAAUAGAUGGUCACCAAAUCAACAAACACAACAAAACCAACAAUUUGGUACUGAAAUAAACAGAAAUAUAUAUGAUAAUGGUAAUGGUUAUCAUACUGCUGCCACAACCGCAACCACUACUAAUGUUAAUAACAAUAGUAAUAAUUAUAAUAACAAUCAUGAUUCAAGACUAUUAAGAAAUAGUUUCCCCAAUCCAAUGAUGGUUCCAAGCAAUGUACCACCAAUUCCGGAGAUUGUUCCAAAAUUAGUUAGAACUUCUACCAUUCAUAAAGUUAAAUAUGGGUCAUCAGAUAGCGCUCAACAAUAUCCUAAAGUUCAAAUUCAAAUCCAGGGAGAUUUAACAUCACUUGAAAAAGAUUGGACAGAAGCUGAACGUAAAGUUAAAAGAAGACUCGUGAAAUUUAAUUGGAGAUUAGAUGGAGUUCAAUUAACAGUUGGAUUUGAGCCAAUUUCUAAUGAUAAUUAUGAGCCAAGCACACCAGUGAUUUCAUGUUUAUAUUGGGAAGAAAAUAAGAAAUAUUAUGUCACAUCAGUUGACUGUAUUUCACUUCUAGAACAUUUUGUCAGCACCAAAUUUGCAGUGGAAGAGAAAAAUCGAAUCAGAAGAAAUUUACAAGGGUUAAAGCCAUUAACAAUUCAAAGAGCAACUCCAUCAUAUUCCGAAUUUUUUAUGCAAAUUAUGGAAUAUCCAGCACCAAGACCCAGAAACAUUGAAAAGGAUAUUAAAGUGUUUUUAUGGUCGUCAUUACCAGAAGCAUUAAGCAAAGUUUUAAACAAGUAUUCCUGUGAUUUUACAGAGAGUUCAGUUGUAGCACCUGCAUCAUAUUAUCAACUUUCACCAUAUCCUCCUCAAUAUUAUUCACAAUUUGUCAUGACAUCUGGAGAAGGCAAUGUGAUGCAUCCAGCUCACCAUCAACAACAACAUCAGCAACAGCAACAGCAGCAACAACAACAACAACAACAACAACAACAACAAAGAAUAGCACAGAUUGUUAAUCAACAACAACAACAACAACAACAACAACAACAACAACAACAACAACAACAACAGCAGCAGCAGCAGCAACAGCAGUUGCAGCAGAACUAUAUUGCAAAUACCAACUCAAAUCCAAACACAACUGCAGCUGCAAAUGAAAAUGAAAAUACCAGUGUCAAUGUCAAUAUGAAUUUAAAUUCUGCUCCACAGCUUCAUGGAAUUUCUCAUGAGAAUUCUAAUGCGAUAAAUGAAAUUUCUAACUCAAAUUCCAGUCCAACCAAAAACAAAGAAAUUAAUGUGCCAACAUCAGCUCGUUACCCACGUCAAAUACGUAAAAACUCUGUUCAAAAUCACAAAAUUCAAAAAGUUCAGCAAAUUCAAAAAAUUAACACCAACAAUAGAGCUCAAAGUGCAAACAAAAAUUCAAUUUUAAAACAUUUCAGUAACAACACUAAUAGUAACCAAAUACCACAAGCAUAUCAAUAUGCCAACCAUCAUCCAGCACCAACACAACAAGUAAACAAUCAAGUUUAUCAAAAUAUGAAUAACAAUACUAUUGUUAAAACCAAUCCAAUUAGUCCCAACAUUCAAGUUGAUCAAUGGGCAUCUAAUUUAACAGACAUCAAAGCUGAAAUCAAGUCUCCAGCAGCCGAAAGAGGCGUCCAUAGAUUUUAG